CAUUUUAGCGUUAAGUCACUUUUCAAAAGUUGCUAAAAGUUCCAAAUACAUUUGUAAAAGUAGCUAAAUUUGUUGCUAGGUGCUGUUUGAAAAAAAAGUUGCCAGGGUAGUCUGAAAAGUUGCUAAAUCUAGCAACAAAGUGGCUAAAUUGGCAUCACUGGAUGGCUGUGUGGUUUCACUUUUCUCCUGAAAAAGUCUACUGUAAUCUUUGUGGUCGUUUGGAUUCUACUGACGUCCAGUGGUGAUCACGGGUAUUGCCGAGGCUCAUAAAUAAACUGUUACACUGACUUGAGUUGAUAUUUUAGGCUCCAUUGUAUUAAUGAUUAAUGUACUUAUCGAUUGGUUGUCUUUUUGGGCCAUGCAACUCAUUCUUUCCUGUGUUUUCCUGGCAUUUUGGAGGGGAUUGGUCAAAGGGUCCCGCUGUCCUCUGAAUGACUUCCAGCGUUCCGAGGGAAGGGAGCUGGUUCCGACCUCCUGGAACUCUGCACGGGUGCUGAUACUGCCAGGGCUGAUGCUGGAGGACUGUGCCAGACGAUGCUCAAAUACACUGGACUGCAGAGCCUUCAACUACGAGACGCGUCCCUCCAUCACCUGUAAACAGCUGCCAUGGGUGGAGGAUGGCAGCAACGCAGAGGUCAAGAGGAACGUCAACUGUGACCUUUAUGAGAAGAAGGUCUACGUAAGAAAGUGCAUUGUGGGUAAAGGAGAAGACUAUCGAGGCAAGGUGUUCAUGACAAAAAGUGGCCAUACUUGUCAACAGUGGUGGUCAAAGUUCCCACACGAUCACAGAUGGACACCCACAGCCACUAAUGGCUUGGAGCUGAACUACUGCAGGAACCCAGAUGGGGACCGCAUCGGGCCGUGGUGCUACACCACUGAUCCAGAACGGCGUUAUGAGACCUGCAAUAUCCCCCACUGCAAAGAUGAGGUGUGUAUCACAUGUAAUGGGGAAGACUACAGGGGUCAGGUUGACCACACAGUGAGUGGCAGAGAGUGCCAACGUUGGGACCAGCAGUACCCACACCAACACAUCUACCAGCCUGAGAAGUAUCCAGAUAAGAGCUUGGAUGAUGACUACUGCCGUAACCCAGAUGCCUCCCCUGUUCCCUGGUGCUACACCACAGACGCUGAUAUGGAGAGAGAGCGCUGCGAGAUCAGCAAGUGCUCUGUGGUUACAAAGAGACGCCUCCGGUCCAGCUACACCACAAACUGUUUCCGUGGUCGCGGGGAGGAUUACCGCGGUAAAGUAAAUGAGACGACCGGCGGUAUCGCCUGUCAGCGUUGGGACGCCCAGUACCCGCAUGAGCACCCCUUCUACCCAAACACCUACGAAUGCAAGGGCUUGGAGGAGAACUACUGUCGUAACCCAGAUGGAUCCGAGGCACCCUGGUGCUUCACGUCUGUGCCUGAGAUGAGGACGGCUCUUUGUUUACAGAUCAAACGCUGUGCAGACGACAUUGAAGCUGAGGAUUGCUACCAUGAAAAUGGUAAAAACUACAGGGGUGUAGUCCGUAAGACGCGUAAGGGCAUCACCUGUCAGAAGUGGAGUGUCAACAUGCCUCACAAAACAAAGAUAAACCCAGGGACCCACCCUGAUGCCAACCUGACAGAGAACUACUGCCGGAACCCAGAUGGGGACCAGCACGGACCCUGGUGCUACACCACUGACCCCAAAACAGAGUUUGACUACUGUGCCAUCAAGCAAUGUGCUGGGGAGAAAGUGUCCAUCAUUGAGCCAUCAGAGAUUGUGGAGUUUAAUGAGUGUGGAAAGAGAGAGGAUCGUUUGGCCAAGAGCCUAAUGCUGCGUAUUGUUGGUGGGCUUCCUGGAAACUCUCCCUGGACCGUCAGUCUCAGAGACAGGAAAGGAAACCAUUUCUGUGGAGGCUCCCUGGUUAGCUCCAAAUGGGUGAUCAGUACUAAGCAGUGUUUCUCCUCUUGCUAUGUCGACCUUCCGGGGUACUCGGCCAUGAUGGGGACAUUGUUUCGUAAUCCCAUAGUAGGAGAGCCAGACCGACAGACUAUCCCUCUCACCAAGAUCGUCUGUGGACCCUCUGAGUCCCAGCUGGUCAUGCUACAACUGGAAUACCAUGCCCAGUUUAACGAGCGUGUGUCUCAGAUAUGCCUGCCCCCUGAACGCUACAUAGUUCCAGAAGGAACCCUCUGUGAGAUCGCAGGCUGGGGCGAAACUCAAGGCACUUCUACAGAUGACUCUGUGCUCAAUGUGGCUCAAAUACCAGUUCUAAGCAACAAGGAUUGUAACAGCUACUUUCGGGGUCGUGUUCGGGAGAACGAGAUGUGCACCAACUCCUUCCAGGGUGGGGUGGGUGCCUGUGAGAGAGACUAUGGGGGCCCUCUGGCCUGUCAGAACAGUGACUGCUGGGUGCUUGAGGGAGUGAUCAUCCCCAUGAGGCGCUGUGGACACCCAGGCCAGCCUAACAUCUUUAUCCGUGUCUCUGUCUAUGUGGACUGGAUUAAGAAGGUCAUGGAGAUGGCUUAGUCACGAAUACAUUAUGUCACCAAGCAGUGACUGGCUCUAUGUUCUACUGGACUGCAAUAUAUUUAUCCACCCUCACCCCCCAGCCAUAGCUCACAAUCCAUGACCACCUAAUUGUAAUCCGUGACCAUCUACAUACAAUUAGUUAAUAUACACAGAGUAUAUCAAAUAUUAGGAACAGUAUUGAUUUUCCCUCAGAACAGUCUCAAUCCUUCGGGACAUGGAUUCUACAAGGUGUCGAAAGCAUUCGACAGGGAUGCUUGUUGAAUGCUGGCCCAUGUUGACUCCAGUACUUCCCACAGUUAUGUCAAGUUGGCUGGAUGUCCUUUGGGUGGUGGACCGUUCUUGAUACACACAGGAAACUGUUGACUGUGAAAAACACAAACCGAUGCACAUGGUACCUACUACCAUACCCUGUUCAAAGGCACAUAAAUAUUUUGUCUUGCCCAUUCCUCCACUGAAUGGUACAUAAACACAAUCCAUGUUUUAAUUGUCUCAAGGCUUAAAAAUCCUUCUUUAGCCUGUCUCCUCCCCUUCGUCUACACUGGUUGAAGUGGAUUUAACAAGUGACAUUAAUAAGGGAUCAUAGCUUUCACUUGGAUUCACCUGGUUAGUCUAUGUCAUGGAAAGAGCAGGUGUUCUUCAUUGUUUGUACGCUCAGUGUAUAAUGUGUGUUAUUCUACAAUCUUAUGACAAAAAUAUAAGAUAAAAUAACUAUGUUUUCCCUUGUCUUCUGUCUACGUGUCAAAAACAAUAUUAGGCACUUUGAUCUGAACAAAAUAACCAUCAUCUUGUGGUGAUUACAUUACAUAUUGAACCUUGACCUCAGGAUGUGCUUGUGAAGGACAUGCCUCCUUAACCUCAUGCUUCUCAAAAGCGUUCCUACACCCUUCACUAAAACUGCUGACUUAUACCCCCCACCCACCCACCCACCCCCCCACCCCUCCAGUAUCCGAUGGAGCUCCAAAAUACCUUCUUGGCCCUCCAGCCUCUAAAUAAAUCCCUCAUCUGCCUGUUGUUUUAUGCCUGCCCCCACCUCUAAAGACAUGCCUUUGUGCCUCAUGCAGAACAGUAUGUUUUGCACAUUCUUUCUGGUUCUAUAGGAGUUUUAUAACUGAUGAGCCCACGGAAUUCAGAUUAAAUACACCUCAAGAUCAGAGUCCAGCGGAAUCUCACACACCAGCCUGCAGAGGGGCAGUGAACUAACUCUCUCCCUGUCUCUCCCUCUCUCUAACACUCACUCACUCACUCACUCACUCAAACACACACACACACACACACUUUAGCACAUUCUUAUUAUUAUACACAAACAAAUAUAGAUACUCGCAUAUCCACAUACAGUAUUCACAAAUACACACAUACUCAUUUACACAUAGAACCAAGAUAAUUAAACAGUCUAUUUGUGCACUCUGAUUCAACAAAUACGUUUAGCAAAUGAGUGUUGAUUUUACUGGCUUCGGUCCGUUUCAGUGGCGGUUUGGCAGUUCAUGCUGCUCACUGUUGUGAAAUUAUGUUUAAUGACUAAUCAAAUACUUAUAUGACUUAUAGUAACUCAAAACAUCUCCAGUCGUGCCCUCUUCUGACUACAUUUUAGAUUAAAGCAUUUUAUUCCAUGCUGCAGAGAACUUGACAUUUCAAUUGAUCUUAUCAAUAUGAAUAUAUCACCUUGUUUUGAGCAAGCUGACUCAUUUGGCUAACAUGUCUUUUUUGGUCAUAUGGGGUUUUCUUUUCUGUAAAUUAGUCUUCUCUUCAUAACUGUUUGAGUAAUUCAUUGUUAUUCUCAGUAAUUCAUUGUUAUUCUCAGUAAUUCAUUGUUCUUCUCUAACUCAUAACUUUAUACAUGUAGCCUAUAAAGCAUUUUCAUUAUGCGUAUGAGUGUUUUCAAUUUAAAUGUUUUUUAUUUUUUAUUCUACACUGUAAAAAACAAGAUGUUGAUUCACCGUAGAAUUGUAUGGCAACCAGCUGCAAUAGGAUUGUGAGUUUGCUCAAUAUUUGGGCAUAUACUGUAGCUGAACCAAAAUACAUUCUCCAGUUGAAUUGUAUGUUCACUCAACAUUAGAUUUUAGGAGUUGAGUGAACAUAUAAUUCAACUUGAGAAUUUAUUUGACCUAUUUGCAUAUUUCCCAGUGUGCCUAUCGAGUGAUUUGUAGUUACCACCCAUGACUGUAUUUGUUAGCGACAGACACAUAUGUUGUAGUCAAUGGUUUUCAGUCUUGUAGCUUUCACCAAUUGUGUGUCUAAGUGAAUAUGUUGUUUUUUAAAUUAAACUCUUUAUGACAGUGCAUUACAUAAUAGAUACAUACGGCCUUUCUUUGAGGGCUUAGUUACACCCUACGCAGCAGUUUGAAACUCCUGGUUUACAGGCCACAUCAAGCCUGCAAGUCACAUUAUGCUGGCUUGCAAAGUGAUGUGUAGUUCCUAUUGGAGAACAGCGAGAGUGAGGAUAUCCAACAAUUGGAACUUUUAAUCGUCUCCAUCCUGCAUUCAGAAAGACUUCUGGAGUAGGGAAGAUUGAUUAUUAAGACUACCGAAAUCAUAUAAACUGGAAUAGCCAUCUCAGAACUGGGUGCAAUAAGUCCAACUACUAACACAUUGGAUUAGUUUAGAAAAAUGUAUGUUGUUUGUGUAGCAUGAGAUGAAUCAACCAAUCAAUGUGCAUGCAAAAACACAGGUAUUGAAAGAAACAAUUCUGAAAAUCAACCUGCAAUAGAGCAUGCUGGGCAGUAUAAUAAUGAUGGCUGUGGUUUUGAGCAAAAAUGAACUUUAUUUUUGAAUCGGGAGGUGCUUAAUUUUUUAAUCAGGAGGCGCUGGAACAAAAAGUGAGAGCGAGAGGGGGGUGACUUGUGGAGUUCUGAGGUACCGAAACACAUGAGGAAAAAAGUUACCUUUAUAAUAAAGCAUUGCAUGCAUUUCAUUGCAUUUGCGUAGUGGCAUAGAGCAGUAGAGUGAAGGCAUGUACAGAAGUUGCACACAUGGGGUACAUUUUUAGUAGCCUAGGAUCUGGAAAAAUUUUGGCCUUUUAUAAACGCAUGUCAUACAAUUCUACAUAAUUUUACAUGACUGGAGGCUACUUUGACACUGACAAACUAAGAAUCUGAGAUCAAUAAAAAUGACCUUGUCUUGAGUCCAUCAAUAGCCUAGGCCUUAGUGUGUGGAGACAAAUAUUGUAGGCUACAAUAUGAGAAGGAAAUUAUAAUCCUAAAAGUGCUUUCCAGUUUCACUGACUCACCCAAUGAUGAGCAGCUCACUUGCUAGUGAUGGCCGGUGAGCUCGUACCGAAAGCCUAUCUCUCUCUCAUUUGUAAAACAAUAUUUGGAAGUUGAUCAAAUACUUUUGUAGCCUACAGCAUAGUCUUCUAUUUCCAAACCUGUGAAAGACCUGUUUUGCCUGCCUGCUGUUUUUUCACUGACAGAUGUCUUGUUCAUUCCGGACUGUAGGCUAUUCCUUGUUAUUGGGCUACAAUCCACAGCUAGGCAAGCUAUUGAUCCUCUGUGGCAAAAUGAUUGGCCUUCCCGGGCUGAAAAUCACAUUUUUCACAUUGUUUUUUUGUGGGGACAGGAGAAUUAAGAGGUACAUCGAAUUAACUUUGAUCACUUUUAUUCUAGUUUUUACAAUGCAAAAAGUUAACAUUAUUUUUCAUGCCAGGAGAGGUACCGGAUCUGGUCAAAUAGGUUCCGUGACAAAACAGUCCAAAACGUAGGUGCCGGAUCCUGUUACUGCAAGAUCCGGCUCAAAUUAAGCACUGAAUUUAGUUCACUUCAGCAGUUCGUUGAGUAAACAAACUUUAACAUAUUAGCUCGAAUUCUUGUUUUGAAGUCCAUUCCACACACAGAAUAACGCAGGUUAAGCAAUUGUUUACGUAGUGUAGGACCUAUUUUCAUGGUACUGUAACUGUAUGAGCUGCAGUAUCUACAGCUACACUUUUUGAAAACAGAGUUCCAAAGGGGUUCUUCGGCUGUCCCCAUAGGAUAACCCUUUGAAGAACCCUUUUUGGCUCCAGGUAGAACCCUUUUGGGUUCUAUGUAGAACCCUCUGAGUGUAGUGUAGCCUACAGAUGUAAGAUCUUAAUUUGAGCCAGGUUGAUACAGCAGGAAAAUAAUCCUGCAGCAACAGGAAAUGUGAAUAAUUACGUGGAUUAUAAUUAUUGGACAUUUUUGUAGGGGUUGAUACAUUUUUCAUAAGGGAAAAUCAAGUCUGAAAUGUCAAAGUGGAAAUUACAAACUUCAGAAGACUUGUUAAUACAGUACAAGUUUAAAAUGUAAUGCAUUGCAGGAAAGUUCAAGUUGAAAAUGUCCUGAAUUGCAGGAAAGUUCUCCUGCAACAGUGUGAUCAAAUUAAGAUCCUACAUCUGUAUAAUGCCCAUCACUCACAAGUGGGUGGUCCAAUGAGCAAGGGGCGUGUUCGACUGUGACUGUUUCACCCCUCCUCCUAUGGUAGAGAAAGUAUGCAAUGUUCCUAUAUGAUCCAGCUCCAACCCCCAUCAUCGUAUUCGUGACUACGAGGAUACGACAGACAAACGUGUCCUACCCCCUGCCGUUCAAGUCUGCCCCUCCCUAACCCUCUGCCCUGAGGCCAGAGCUCUGGGCAUCCAUGCCCACACCCCCAUCUUACUGCGCUGGUGGACAGACACAGGGAUGAGCAACAGCGGGACCAAGGAGCCGUCACCACAGCCAGGCGUGGCCCAAUCACCUAACUCUACACCUCCACGCAGGGGCCGGGGUCGCCCACGGAAACAACAGGAGGAGCCCACUGGCCCCCCAACUCCAAAGAGGCCGAGAGGACGACCCAGAGGAAGCAAGAACAAAGGCCCUCAUGCCACACCCAAGGAAGUAGAGCCUGUCGGGGAGAGAAGACCAAGGGGCCGGCCAAGGAAAUGGGGGGUGGCAGAUAGCCUAGUGGUUAGAGCAUUGGGCCAGUAACCGAAAGGUUGCUAGAUCGAACCCCGAGCUGACAAGCCUCAGAGAGUAGUUCAAGAAGUCGUCCAGGAACGGCAGGGUCUUUCAGAAGUAACUGAGGAGGGCCCCUCACAGUCACAGUCUUUACCCACUGAGGCUUCGCCAUCUCACCCUCCAGCCCAGGAAGAAGCAGAGGGGGAAUAGACAAUGUGCCACAGUACUACCUCAAGGUUUGGGCAGAGACAAAGAGGUGUAUACUCUUAGAAAAAAGGGUUCCAAAAGGGUUCUUUGUCUGUCCCCUUAGGAGAACACUUUGUGUUCCAGGUAGAACACUUUUUGGUUCAAGGUAGAACAUUUUUAAAUUCCAUGUAGAACCUUCUGUGGGUUCUUCAUGCAAACAAUAAGGGUUCUAUGGGGACAGCCAAAGAACCCUUUUAGGUUCUAGAUAGCACCUUUUUUUCUAAGAGUGUAUAAUCCAACCUCCACUAUCAUGAGGAUCUAAAACAACAGAUAAUAGCCCUGCUUUGUAGAACAGUAGGCCUGUUUGGGUUAUUGUGCCUGGAGUCUAUCCAGCCCUGAGGCUGGGUCAAUGAUGGACAUAGCUUUGGUCAGUUGAUUGAUUACUAAGGAUUUGGUCAAUCCGUGCAACAAUUCAGUUUGACUGCCCAAACCCUUUCUCAUGAACAAGAUUGGUUGUGUGUGUGUGUGUGUGUGUGUGUGUGUGUGUGUGUGUGUGUGUGUGUGUGUGUGUGUGUGUGUGUGUGUGUGUGUGUGUGUGUGUGUGUGUGUGUGUGUGUGUGUGUGAUGAUGAUGAUGAUGGUGGGGAAGGGUUUUCAAAAGAAAAGGAUGCAUUUCAAACAGCGGCUACUGGGACAAGAGGCAUGACCCAAUUUAUGUUAUGUCUGUCCUGAUUGUGAAGAAACACAGGGAUAUUUUGUUAGAUGUAUAUUUGAAUGGGAAUACAUUUUACAUUACCAUUAACAUGAGCAGAUAUAAGUCUAAACUCAACAGUGUCCAAUUGACAUGACAUCGGACCACACUCAGGUUUUGUAUUUACCUUUAUCUUCUCAAUACACUCAUUAUAACCUCAGGUAUUUUGCCUUAAUGUAGCUAUGCAUUUAGCUAUUCAGGAACAUAUCAUUCUACUCAGUUAUGAUAUUAUUCUAUUUUAUUGUGUAUUUCUAAUUUGUUUUUUGACAUUCACAAUAUGACUUGACACACACCUCAUUCAGACCUCAACUCACCUCAGUCCCUUUACCUUUCAGUCUACCUCAGUCAUGGAAAUCAGAGAACUCUUAUAGCCUCUCCCCAUACCAAAAAAACGAACACACACACAUACCUACUCAGGAUACUCCCAUUCGUACUGUACCCGCUAGCCUCACACUCUCCCUCCCACGUCCAUGCUGACAGACUCUUUAAGUGAAUCCCAGCAGAAGCCUUUAGUGGCUCUGAUGAAAUGCCUGUCUUGAGAAUUGAUCUAUCUACAGUACCUGGGUUCAAAAUGACCCAAUAUUUUACUGUUUUCUGUAGUUUUUACUUAUGUUUUAUUUGUUCUAUCACAACCUCUGUGAACCCUUACGUGUUCCCCUCAUAUCUUAUGUAAAAGGCUACGUCAUCAUUUCAUGUUCUCACAUUCACACUGCAGACGUUAGAUUAACAACCAUACCAUUUGAUGAAUUGAUGUCAGUGACACGUGAGACAUGAAAUAGUGAGAUAAAAGUUAACAUUUUGUUUUUUGGGCUCUUCCUGUAAUGUAUUUCUGGAGAGGGUGGACAAGUCCACAUAGUCUUUUUCUGUCAGUUGCAAGUUUCUAACCUAAACUCUGUCUUUUUCUUAUGACUUCACGUCUUUGGCUGGAAUUACUGUUUGCCAUGUGGACUACGUCUGAAACAGGUCUGUUUUUGGCACUGAGCACUGUCCCAGAGGGGUGGCUGGUUGAUUUUAGCUUUGCUUGUCCCAUGUGAUCUUAUGAGACCUAUAGAACAUAUAUCUGCUGUCUACUCAUCUCACUAGGUUCAUAACAGCAUAUCGUACAGGCAAAUAAACCCGAAGUACUGCAUUGUGAUGUCAGUAAAAGUGCCUCCUAACCUAACUUCAUACCUCAGCAACGUCAGGAUAUCCACUGUCUAUAUGAUAUUGACAGUGUUGCUCUAUGAGCUUACUGAUAUAGAUACAGUAUAUUCAGUGUGUGUGUGUGUAUAUAAGUACACAUAUCUUAGGAGUUUGUCAUGUGCUUGUUGUAAUGCUUUAUGUACAAGGGCUUUUAAAUAUUGAGUAGUGUAGUUGGGUCCUGUUAUCUCGUAACAUCUUCAGUUUUUAAGCUUUUCAAUUUUUUUUGCAACAUUUGGAAAUGUGUUCAUUUCAGUCUCCUUGAUCAUGUACUUCAUGUAGAUUUAUUUUCAAUGUAAUCCAUUUGAACUUGAAUACACAACUCAAAAUUGUGUUUUUUAGUUUGCCUCUGAUCUGUCUCGCUUUAUGGUGUGUUUUUGCAUGAGUAUAGAGGUGCUGCUUGGUCUGUCUGUUACCAAUAAAAGUAUCACAUAGC